CUGAGUACAGCCGUAUGUCCUCUACCAGCAGUGAACUUUCUGUGGAAGGCAUACAAGACCCAUUCCUUGUUAGCGUACAUAUUAUCACUGACCCGGGUGAAUCCAAGACUCUCCAGCAGGCCAUUGAUAAGCUUCUAGCCUGGAUCCAUCCAGACCUCCAGCUGUUUCGGGUCUCAGAAAGGCGAGUGCCCAGGAAGCGCAGGAAGCCGGUCAAGGCUGGUGUUUCUCAGCCAGCCCUUGCUGUCAUUCUGUUCCUGCAGGAGGAGUAUGGAGAAGAACCCAUCUUGCAGCUCCAUGAAACUUUUCAGCGGCCACCUUGGCAUUACCACCACACAGAGCUAAUGCACGGGAAAUUCCUCCCUUACCUCCCCUGCAGCCAAGACUUUUACACGUUGGCUCCAGAGACUCCUCUGUGGGCCAUUCGUCCAGUGCACUACGGGAAAGAAAUGAUCCGCUUCACCAUAUACUGCAGGAAUGAAAAUUUUGUGGACAUUUUGAAAUUGUAUGAGUUAAUACUGAAGAGACCAAUGUGUCAGAAAAAAGCAGACUUUUGUGUUUUUCCUGUGUAUUCUAACAUGGAAAUAGACAUUCAGUUUUCUUUAAAAAAACUCCCAAAGGGACAAGUUCCGGUGAGGACAGAGUCAGCCGUGCUGGAAUUCAGAGUAAAAGAUGUGGGGCAGCUUGUGCCUCUCCUGCCCAACCCUUGCAGCCCCAUCAGCGAAGGCAGGUGGCAGACAGAAGACCAUGAUGGAAAUACGAUCCUUUUGCAGCAAGCACACAGUUGGUGUAGGAAGUCUGCAAAGCAGAACAAGCAACCAUAUCCAUCUGUGUCAACAGAUUCCCAAUUCACCACUCUGCCAGCCUUUCUUCCUCAGAGCCACCGAUCUGUCUCUGAACAGCCACAAGAAAUGGGUCAAAAAAAGGUACAUCACACGAAUGGCCUUGGUCAUUAUCUUGGUUUCUCCCAGCAGGACUUGAGACAUGGUGAUCAAGGAGACUUCACACGCAGAUCCAGGAGUGCCUCCAGCAUUUCUUGGUCAUUUCAACGAAGCAAGUCUCUGUUCUGCUUGCCCACAGUGAACUCCGCUUCAGCAUCAGAGACAUUUCAUUUCAGUGAACCAUUUCAGUUUUUAAACACUGGGUCACCUACAGCCAGGCUAAAAACAUGGAAAUGCAGCCCCAAGCUUAACAUUGAUGACUUGGAGGGUGCCCAGGAGACUGAUGUGGACACAGGGAUGAAGCUGUCCUUCUCAGACCUGUCUGUGGUUUCUGCAUACUCUGCUCUUAAUGGAUUUUGCAGUGAGUUGGAAGACUCUCUUCCAUCACAGAAACAAACUGUCAAUAGGGCUAAAAAGGCAGCCACCAGUGGAAGGCCUGUAUCAGCCAUGUGCAAUACUUUUGAGUCAGCUGAUGGUUCACUGCCUUCUCUUUCAGAAUGGUCUUCCAGCUCUUUCAUGUCAGCAUCUCUCUCCGAGCAACACAAACAGCCCUUGAGAGCAGCUCCCUGUUCUCUGGAUGACCGUGUUUGCCCAGCUUCACCAGUUAAUGAAGAAGAAUUUUACAUCUGAGGUUUCUCUAUCUUACACCUUCCAAAGGAAACGUAUUCUACUUGUGAAUGACAGCAGUGGGCCCACCCUGAGCUUAGAGAAGGUUCCUUGCUGAGGAAAAGGUGAUGCAGAAGUGUGUUAAGUAUUUGAAGAAAAUACUCAAAACCCUCUGAGACUGGCAUUCCCAAACUGGGUACAGUAAAGCAGGCUGAGAUUGCACCCUGUAUCUUUUGGGGGGGAUAUGAUCAGCACAGAGGCUUUUGCACAGCAGCACAAGGUGGAUGUUUUCAGAGCAGCCCUUGGACUGGUGGUGAAGGAAAUGCCAGAAGAGGCACAUUGUAUUCCAUCUUAAUUUGGCAGAAAAUGAAGACUAAUUUGUGAUACCAAACUGCUUUAACUUUUCUGAGAAAUUCCCUUAAGAAAGAUGGGAAAAGAAAGGGAUCUUAUUUCCCUUUUUACAGGUUCCAAAGGCAGCUCUAAGCACAGCAGAUCCCAGCAGCACAGCCCCAGUAGGGUUAGGCAAGAAGUUUCUUGUGAGGAAACACUUUGUUUCCAACCUUUGAGAGUUGGCAGUGGUAAGGUGGGGCAGAAUCACAUAAAUAUCGAAGCUGGAAGAGCUCUUCAAGAUCAUCUAAGUCCAAGUGACAACCUAGAACUACCAUAAUCACCCCUAAACCAUAUCCCCAAGUGCCACUUCCUGACACCUCUUGAACACUUCCAGAGACUGACCCCACCAACUCCCUAGACAAUUUAUUCUAAGGUCUGACCACCCUUUCAGUGAAUAAUUUUUUCCUAAUACCUAAUCUGACCCUCCCCUGCUGCAAGCUGAGGCUGUUUCCUCUCCUUUUACGCAAGAUAAGGCAGAAGAGACCAAUCCCCACUUCACUACAACCUCUUUUCUGGUAAUUGUAGAGAUCAGUGAGGUAACCCGUGAGCCUUCUUUCCUCCAAAUGAAACAAUCUCAGUUCCCUCAGCUGUUCCUUGUCAGACUUUUGCUCCAAACCCUUCACCAGCUCUGUUGCCCUUCUCUAGAAAUGCUCCAGCACCUCAAUGUCCUUCCUGAACUGAGGGGUCCAGAAAUGAACACAGGAUUCAAGGUGCGGCUUUCACCAGUGCCAAGGUCAAUCUCUGCCCUGGUCCUGCUGGCCACACUAUUCCUGAUCCAGGCCAGGAUGCCAUUGGCCAUCUUGGCCACCUG